CCUGCUCUAAAGGCUGAACCCCGGGACCCACGGGUGCCUGUCUGCGGCGUGCGAAGCCCAGAAGCAUUGGGCAAUCGUGGUUUCCUCCCUGCCCUCAGGGACCCAGCCGUGCGAGCCCAGCCCCGAGGUGUCUCAGGACAUGGAGGAGACGGUUGUGCGGCCCUCAGUGUUUGUGGUGGACGGACAGACAGACAUCCCAUUCACACGGCUGGGGCCCAGCCGCCGCCAAAGACAGCCCUGCAGUGCAUCCCAGCUGGGCCUGGGCCUCCUGCUGCUGCUGCUGGCGGCUGGGCUGGCCGUCCAGGGCUGGUUCCUGCUGCAGCUGCACUGGCGUCUGGGGGAGAUGGUCACACCCCUGCUGGAUGGAGAAGCAGAAUCCUGGAAGCAGCUGACCCAAGGACGAAGGUCCCUCCAGGCCAACCCAGCAGCACACCUCACAGGUGCCAACUCCAGCCUGACGGGCAGCGGGGGCCCGCUGCUCUGGGAGACAAAGCUGGGCUUGGCCUUCUUGAGGGGCCUCAGCUACCGUGACGGCUCCCUGGUGAUUGCCCGGGCCGGCUACUAUUACAUCUACUCCAAGGUGCAGCUGGGGGGCGUGGGCUGCCCGCAGGGGCUGACCAGCGGCCUGCCCAUCACGCAUGGCCUCUACAAACGCACACCGCGCUACCCCGAGGAGCUCGAGCUGCUGGUCAGUCGGCGGUCACCCUGUGGGCGAGCCACCGGCCCCCGCGUCUGGUGGGACAGCAGCUUCCUGGGAGGCGUGGUGCACCUGGACGCUGGCGAGGAGGUGGUCGUCCGUGUGCCGGAUGAGCGCCUGGUCCGGCUCCGUGACGGGACCCGCUCCUACUUUGGGGCCUUCAUGGUGUAAGAAAGGAGUGACAGUGAUGCCUCCCUCAGAGGGUGCCUUGGGGAACCGAGAACCCGGCAAGCGAAGAGCUCAGCGGGCACCUCCAGGGGCCGACAACCCAGCCACCCCUGAAGGUUGGAGACCCAGCUGGCACCCCUGGAGCCCCAAAGGAAACUGCAGAGCCACUACGGGCAAUACUGAAGACAAAGACCCAGAGACUUGAGGGUCUCUAGGCCCCCCAACCGGGGGAAAGCUGAUCUGCCUGAUAUUCAGGAAGAAGGGGUGAGGGGUGGGUAUUUAUGUUUUCGAUUCAGAGAAGAGUGGGACGUGGGGGUCCAGAGACUUUGGCCCAGGACGGGCAACCCCAGCCUUCCCCACUCUCAUGAGUGUGGGCGGUUGGAGGAAGGGAGUCAUCAUCAAGACUGACCCAUGUGGACAGCCCAGCCAGUCCCCCCCACGGCCAUAGCCACACACUCAAGAUCGGCUCACAGGUCUGUGGCUGUACCUCCUCCUGGCUGUGUAAGUUCACCCUCAGAGACACAGGUGCAGGGAUGUCCCGGUGACCACCAGCUCUCCUGGGAGGGAGAGGCUCUGUAGUGUUUGUGAUCUCCUUGGUGUGAAGGCUCCCGUCACGGCUGGUUUCUGGCUACCAACGUAUCACCAGCUGGCUGGCUGGAUCUCAGCACUGCUGGGUGUUCACAUCCCACCAGGACACACGGCUGUGUUUCAGCACCCAGGUCAGGGUCUGGCAUGUAGUGGGCACCUGGAAAAUGUUUGCAGAGAGAAGAAAGGGAGGAAGGGAGGAGGGUAGGAAAGAAGGGAGGGAGGGAGGAGGGAAAAGAAGAAGGGAGGAGGGGAAGGAAGAAGGGAAAGAGGGGAGGAAAGGAAGAUGGAGAGAGAAUGUGGACAUGCCUAUGGCAUCACAGAAAAUCACAAGGUGCCCUUCAGAUCUGCACUCGUACACACAAAGCAUCAGAUACUCGCACAGUCACACACAAGUCAUAGGACCACAAACACACAGUCAGAUUAUGUGACGUAUGACACAUAUAUCCUACAUAAGUCAUCAUCACAGCCACAGUGACCCAAAGGGGCCAUACGGUCACACCAAGUGUCACACAUGGGAUGCCACGCACAUCACAUCAGAUGCUGCAUCACGGUCCCAACCCGUCACACACACACCACAUCACACACAGCCUGAGGUUCCUCCCAGCUAAGACCAAUACAUCCUGGGAUGAGGACCACUGUCGGCAGCCCUGGGCUCCCUGACCAUGGGUCUUGGAAAUAAAUGGUAAAUGUUACAACUGGGUCUGUCUCUUCUCAGGGGAAUGGUGGCUUGUAGGCAGAGGGGCGGUAGAUGGGGUCACCUGUGGAGGUCACUUUACAAAUAAGUAAACUGAACCCAGCUGGCCCAACUCCCUGUAGGAAGCUCGGGGGGAAGGGUGGGAGAAAUCAGAAGCCUCAUGCCCAGAUCUGCCUCCCCCUCGAAUCUCCCAUUCCUGAUGACGAAGUGAAGGCUACACCCUGCCAAGCACCCUGAUUGCGGACAUCGGGACAGAGUGGCGGUCUACCCAGCCAGCUGGAAGCUCGAACUAAGUGGGAACACGGGAAGAGUGAGGAGAGAGAGGGGCAGACAACAAUAUGCAUACAAAUCAGGCGGUCUGCAGAGAUGAGCAUGUACCCUGGUGUGGCUGGAGGGAGGUGUUGGUGCCCAGGACCCAAAGCUGAGGGCUCAGACCCCAGAGGUAGACGAUUAUUGUUGUUAGUGUUUAUUUAUUAUUGUUGAUAGUGCUGUCAUCGUUGGCCUGAACAGGGAGGGAGGGAAACAGGCUUUGCAGUCAGAUGGUCCUGGGUUCCAAUUCCACUCUGCCACCUGCUCCUGUGUGACCUCAAGCAAGUCCCACCACCUCU